CCCCCCCCUCUCUCUCAAAACAACACCACACACACACACACACACACACACACACACACACACGUACAGACAUAAAGUAUACAUACUUCGUACACUAAAGGCACAACCAUGGCGUACGCUUCAGAAACAUCCCCCCUACUACCCGAGCCGCGCUCCGAGCGCCGGCCCGUCUCGAGCCUCAAGGCCGCCGUCGCCAACCGCGACGUCUCCCCCGGCGGCAACAGCAGCACCUCCUCCUCACCGUCGACAUCAUCAUCAUCAUCACCGUCCUCGGUCGGCUCGUCGCCCGACGGCCUCAGUGACACGCUCCGCGACAUCAUCAUUGGCUUCUCGGACGGCCUCACCGUGCCCUUUGCCCUCACCGCGGGCCUCUCCUCCCUCGGCAGCACCCGCCUCGUCAUCAUGGGCGGCCUCGCCGAGCUCAUCUCCGGCAUGAUCAGCAUGGGGCUGGGCGCCUACCUUGCCGCCGUCACCGAGCGCGAUCGCUACCUCUCCCAGCGCGCCGCCCACGCCCUCCCACCCCCGCCUUCAUCCGCACCCUACUGUUCCUCCUCUCGUUCUUCCACAAAACCGACAACAACAACAACAACGGCGUGCUCCCCUUCCUCCUCGCUAUCUCCCGCCGCCACCGUCCGCCUGGCCCGCCGCGAGGAUAUUUACGCCAUCCUCGACCGCUACGCCGUCUCCCGCGCGGCCGCCACCCCGCUCGUCGAUGAGCUGUGCGGCCGCGUCGACGACGCUGACGACGCCGACGCCGCUGUUACUGCUGCUGCUAAUGGAACUCAUCAUGGCACUGGCCGCCAUCACCACCACCACGACACCCGCGGGGCAACCGUCAGCAGCAGCGCCGCCGACGACGACGACCCCUGGCUCCGCUUCAAAAUGGACGUCGGCCUGCGCCUCGACGAGCCCGAGACGCACGCCGCCUGGCUCUCGGGCCUCACCAUGGGCCUGAGCUACUUCGUCGGCGGCCUCGUCCCCAUGCUCCCCUACUUCGCCAUGGACCGCGUCCGCGACGCCCUGCUCGUCUCCGUCGCCGUCACCGUCGUCAUCCUCCUCGCCUUUGGCUACGCAAAAAACUACGUCGCCAUCCGCACCCACCGCGCCGGCGUCUGGGGCGCCCUCCAGACCCUCGUCAUCGGCGUCCUCGCCGCCGGCACCAGCUACGCCAUCGUCAAGGCCCUGGACCGCGGCGGCGGCGCCUGAAUUCAAGGGGGGCAGACCGUCAUGUCAUCUCCCUUCGUGAACUUUGUGUCUCGCCAUCUUUGCUUGUGUACUAUAUACCUUUUAUGCCUCGGGAGCAUGGCGUUUGGGCAUCUGCAGGCAUUGCGCCAGCCUUACGAAAAAUUCACAGCCCGACUUUAUACACGCAUGUAGUUCUAUGAAUGAAUAAUGACCGCUGUAGUGCCGCUGUCGGCACCUGAUAUUAUGCAUCUACGCUACCAUCCUGUUCAUGCCCGAUGUGGCUAUUGAGUACAUGUACACUUCAUCACGUCUAUACUUGAUCUUGCGAGUCCCGUCUCGCAACCUGGGACCCCAGGGGUUCCGUGGACUGCAUGGGCC